CUACAGUGACAGCUACAACACCAGUUUCUAUGGUUUCCUGGAGCAAUCUUUCAUGGGUUUCCAGUUUCCCAACCUCACCGCCUUCCUGUCGCUCAUGCCUCCUGACAGAAUGAGUCUGAUCAUAAAUUCCAUCCCUCCGUCGGAGCUUGGGGAUUACCUACGGCGUCCUAAUGUUGUCGACAACAACGCACAGCUCUGCAUGCUCUUCAACAGCUACAGCCAGACACCACAGUUUCUAGAAACUGAGUCUCUGCCGGAAGCGGUGAGGCGCUCCAUCCUGCCCUGCGUCUGGCCCAUGGCCCUCAGCAGCACCCAAACGUUGGAGGUGAACGCUUGGUUUGACCAACGCCUCAAGAACUACUUGCCCUUCCUCACAAAGAGCCUGAUCAGUUCCAGUGUCAUAAACAGCACCUCCUGCCUGGCCUUCCAAAAACUUGUCUCAGUCCUUGGGGUACACAACUACACUACUGCUGACUUUGUGAGGGUAGACGUGUACAACACCAUCAGGACUUACCUUUACGUCGGCUCAAGUAAGUCUUUCAAGCAUGCCAGGGUCAAGGAUCAAAUCAACAGCUCAUCAUCGCUGAUAAGUGUGGGCACUCUCAUCAUUGGUGUACCUUCCAGAGUGUUCUUGAGCAUCUCCGGUAAUCAGCUGAUAAGUGCCUCCCAAACUCCCUCACUGGUGGCAAACCUCCUUUCUGGUCCUCAGAUCAUCCAGCAGGUCUUUGUCAGUCAG